AUGUUGACCCACUUUCGGGCCGAGGACGCACCUGCAGAUCCCGUCCACGAACACGAGGAACAAGGAGAGGGGACAGGACCCUGCCGGAGUACAGGGCGGGUGCCAGAAAACAAUCCCCACUGUCCCCCGUCCUGGAUUGACGUGUUGGUCGUUGAGGCCCCUUGGCCCUGGGACGAGAACGCCUUCGUGGUAGCGUCCCGUGUCGGGAAACAUGAUAUCGUCUAUCUCAUACUCGCGAGUCGAUUCAUCAUCGGGUACUUGAGCAUACCCAUGUGGGCCGAUCCAUGGACCGCGCUUGCCCCCAACGAAUCCACUGCGAUGAACGGGAAUCCGACGGGGAGCAAGCGCUUGAUCGAUGCGAGAACUCGGCACCCCGCGACUGAUCACCUCGACCUCCGCCCGACGACUGAGGAAUGGAGCGGGGCAAAGAGCAGCCGUAACCCAAAUGAAAACUAUAUUUCCUUGAACAUGAAACAAAAGAAGUUUUCACGAGGAAAGAAGAAAGUGAAUGUGAGGAAUAUGAAGUACAAACAAUGGAAACAGCGAGUGAAGCAGCAAAACACAGAGAGCGGAACCACAUCAGCCUCAGAAGCCACAGCGGAGAACGACCCGAAGGAGCCCAAGACCAAGCUGAGUGCCUUGGAAGAACGCAUGAAAAAUUCCACUUGUUUCUCAUGUUCCAAAAAGGGCCAUUGGGCCUCAAAUUGUCCUAACAAGGGAAACAGUGACUUUGGCCAGGUGAAUGACUCUGGAAAACAAACUGACCCUAAAGGAGCCUGGAAUCAACGUGUUCAUCAUUUGAGGAGACACUACUACUAUAAACGCCAUGGCAGGUGGGGGAAAUGAAAUCAGCAGGAGCCAGCCUUCAUUCAAGGUUCUGGGAUGUCUUCAAUUACGAACAACAUUGCUCAAUUUUUGCUAUUUUUUAUGUGUUUCAUGUUCUAUGGG